GCGGUAUCUGACUGUAUAAAAGAUCCUCUACCUUCUCGACCAGCAAAGUCCACACACUUUCAGCAGCGGCGGCUGGCAGCCCUCAGCAACAAAGAAAAAUAUUCCCCUACGGAAUUUGAGAGGGCGUGGUGCAAAAUAGCCCCCUGCGUGAAGGUCCAGAAGAGUACUGCAGGUGUGCAUCAUCUUAAUCGCUCUUACAUUUCUUGCGAGAAAGCUGCAGAAGCUGUGGAGUGUUGGUUUGUGCUUGUGGAUCAGUGGUGGUGACGUGAAUAGUAGGAGGUUUGAAGAUGAGUUCACGUAGUAGGAGCAAUAGCAGGAGUCGGAGUACGAGUCGGAGCCAGAUUAGGAGCCGGAGCAGGAGUCCCCGAGAUCGCAGAAUUCAAUCUCGUCGCCAUUCUUAUCGUAAUGCUCCUUAUAGGAGAGAGACACAUCGUGGUUUCAGCCAAAGCAAUUUGUGCAACAAGUGCAAGCGUCCUGGUCAUUUUGCAAGAGAAUGCACCAAUGUAGCUGUGUGUAACAAUUGUGGUCUUCCUGGGCAUAUUGCAUCAGAAUGCACCACACAGUUGCGGUGUUGGAAUUGUCGGGAACCUGGGCAUGUUGCUAGUAACUGUCCCAAUGAGGGCAUCUGUCAUUCAUGUGGCAAGUCUGGACACCGUGCCAGAGAUUGCCCAAAUCCCGAGAUGUCACCUGGAGACUUGAGGCUAUGCAACAAUUGCUAUAAGCCAGGGCAUAUUGCUGCUGAGUGUACAAAUGAUAAAGCAUGUAAGAACUGCAGGAAAACUGGCCACGUAGCACGCGAUUGUCAGAAUGAACCUGUUUGCAACUUGUGUAACAUAGCUGGGCAUGUGGCAAGGCAGUGCCCAAAGGGUGAUAAUGUUGCAGAGAGAGGUGGUUGGGGUCGGAGCAGUGGAUACCGGGAUGUGAUCUGCCGUACCUGCAACCAGGUGGGCCACAUGAGCAGGGAUUGUAUGGGUCCCAAUCCCAUGAUCAUCUGUCACAACUGUGGUGGCAGGGGCCACAGGGCAUUUGAGUGCCCAUCAGGAAGAUUGGCAGACCGUGGAUUCCGGAGGUACUAAUAUAAGUCGAGUGUUUGGUUUUGCUAGUAAUAUGGCUUUGAUACCAAUGAAAGUCUUCCUAUUUGUUGUUUGCAGCCUAUAAUUUGGGCAAUUGGACUGUUGCUUUUGUACCAAAUUUUUUUACUAUGAGGGAUCCUUUUCUGAGAUCCCACUGUUUCUUUUAUGUUUAGACUUUGUAGACGUGACACGUUAUAUACCAUUGAACUGGAGUUUCGCUA